AAACUACGUAUUGUACAGUGCGUAGUGUUAUUUGCGUCACUAGGAAUGAGCUGCGAGUCCAGACUGUACUUUGGUAGCGUUUCCCUGUGGAACUACUUCGUUAGCGGUGGUCACUGAGAAAGUUGCGGACGGACCGCAGAACGCCGUCGGUUGAGCAGCGCUCGCUGGUGAUUCCGAGCGUUUGUGUGGUGCUUGUCAGCUUCAAAAGUGUCCGAGAAACCUGUGCCAAAUACUUGAUGCCGUCGUAUGUGUCUCCUGAGGCCUGGUUCUGGGCGCUAUCGGAUACCUAAUCGCAGGAAAGAGGCAGCCCAGCUCGGGGCCACAGUCGCGGCAGCAGCAGCAGCAGCGGGGCGGUGGCAUGGCUGCGGCCACCGCGGACGGGGGUGCAGCAGGCGUCCGGCUGAGCGGCCACACGCUGGAUAAGGCCACCAAGGCCAAGGUGCACCUGGAGAACUACUACUCCAACCUGGUCACCCAGCACCUAGAGCGCAAAGGCCGCCACGAGCGCCUCGAGGAGACCAUGCGUGAGGAAGGGCUCUCCGAAGAGCAGAAGAAAGAGAAGCGGAUGCAGCACUCGCUGAAGGAGACAGAGUUCCUGCGGCUCAAGCGUUCGCGACUAGGUGUAGAAGAUUUUGAGCCACUCAAGGUGAUUGGCCGAGGUGCCUUUGGUGAGGUCCGGUUGGUCCAAAAGCGUGACACAGGCCACGUCUAUGCCAUGAAGAUCCUUCGCAAGGCUGACAUGCUCGAGAAGGAACAGGUGGCGCAUGUUCGUGCUGAGCGUGAUGUGUUGGUGGAGGCUGACCACCAGUGGGUGGUGAAGAUGUACUACAGUUUCCAAGACGCCAUCAACCUGUACCUCAUCAUGGAAUUUCUCCCUGGCGGGGACAUGAUGACACUGCUGAUGAAGAAGGACACCCUGUCGGAAGAGUGCACCCAGUUCUACAUAGCAGAGACGGCACUGGCCAUCGACUCCAUCCACAAGUUGGGCUUCAUCCACCGUGACAUCAAGCCUGACAACCUACUGCUGGACGCUAGGGGGCACAUAAAGCUUUCGGACUUUGGCCUCUGUACGGGUUUAAAGAAGUCCCACCGGACAGAAUUCUACCGGGAUCUGUCGCAGGCCAAGCCGUCGGAUUUCACAUCAAACCCGAUGGACUCCAAACGGCGAGCUGAGAGUUGGAAGAAGAACCGACGCCAACUGGCAUACUCCACAGUGGGCACACCCGACUACAUUGCGCCCGAGGUGUUCCUGCAGACGGGCUACAGCAGCUCCUGCGACUGGUGGUCCCUGGGCGUCAUCAUGUACGAGAUGCUCAUAGGCUACCCGCCGUUCUGCUCCGAGACCCCCCAGGAGACGUACCGCAAGGUGAUGUCAUGGCGCGAGACGUUGGUGUUCCCGGCCGAGGUGCCGAUCUCGGAGGACGCGCGGGCCCUCAUCCAGGGUUUCUGCUCAGAGGCCGAGCGCCGCGUUGGUGCCCACGGUGGCUUGGCGCAGAUCCAGGCGCAGGCCUUCUUCCGCGGCGUUGACUGGGAGCACAUCCGCGAGCGACCCGCAGCCAUCCCCAUGGAGGUCAAGAGCAUUGAUGACACCUCCAACUUCGACGAUUUCCCCGACGUUGACCUCAAGAUCCCCUGUGCCCCUCCUGUGACGCCGAGCAAGGAGCACGUGGAGGCUGGCUACAAGGACUGGGUCUUCAUCAACUACACCUUCAAGCGCUUCGAAGGGCUCACGCAGCGUGGUGUCAAGCCUCCCAAGAAGUGCUGACUGGCAUGGCUGCACGACGACAGAUUAAGCAAAGUGCGCACGGACACUGAGCGUGCGCAGUGCGACAACUCGUGGACUCUGUGGUGUGCAAGCUUUUAUGGCCGGUGCGUCACUGCUGCAUCAUUUUUCUUGACGCUGGUGAUACCUUUUGCCCGAUCCUUCUUUCCCGGGGGAUUAGUCUGAUGAGACACGGACCGCGUGUGUGUGUGCCACGUGCGCGGGCACUUCCUGUGAGAAGGCGUCGGUCAGCGUGACAUGGAACGUGUUUGUGUGAGUGGUUGUAUGUGUGUGUGUGUCCGGUCUGGGAAGGUGGUUGGUGUUGACACUCGAGAGACUUCGGAAGAUGUGUUGGAAGAUAGGCUGCUGGAUGUGUCUGCUGCACUGGCACGGCUGGAAGUUGCAGGUUUCAAGAGCUGAUUUGAGGCAUGUGUUCGUGCUUGUAAGCAAGUGGAAGGCUAAGUAGAAAGGAAUGCAUAGGGGUAACAUUAGAAAGAGUGACAAAUUUUGGAACACUGGAAAUGAUGCAGUGAGUCAUUGCAGGGCCCUUAUGCAUUCUGGCAUGAAUACGGAUGGGGCAGAAGUACACGAUCUCCUCACUUGGCUAGAAUGUAGAACACACACUUGUGCAUUCGUCUUCAUUUUGAGCAUUGCUAGGGGCAGUGUUGAGGAUGCUAGUAUUAAAUGCUGACUCUGCCAGCAGUUUCUGGAGAAUGCUGUUAGUGUUACUAGUGGUUCAUUUCUAUUCACUUCUGCAUACACCCUGCUGUUGUAGGAAUAAGCAAGCAGUAGCUGGUCAACAGUACAAGACAGCUGUUGGACCUGUGGAUUUCACCAAUUUUACCUGGCAGGUGUGUCAUGCGUGCACUGCCAAAGUGCAUCUGCUGUGCCCAUUUUGAAGUGCAAUAAACUGUCGUAGUAAGUGCUAAUGGUUAUGGCAGCCUUGGGAUUUGAGCAGACCGAUUGGAAUUUGUGACUUUCCACUAGCUCAGUUUAAGAGUGGUUGCUGGGCUACUUGCAGGACGGGGUCGCCAGUGUACUGGGACAAUGUGGAAUGAAGAUGGUGAUAAACUUCAGUUCAGCAUUAGGGUCACAUUUUGUGCCGAGUGCUUUGGGGGUAGUCUGCUGCCAUCUUUUAUUAAAUAGCAAAGGUUGCAAAUUGUCAGUAGUGUAACAGUAUCAUCGCAUUAGCAGCAUGUCUUGCUGUGUCUCCAUUUUUUUUUUUUUUCUGCUGAGACAUUUACUGGUGCUGUCAGGUAUUAGCAUUUGUCAUUUGAGUUGAAUUAGUAACUGGCCUCUAGUGGAGCAAUGGAUCCUUGCUCGAUAUGUGCAAUUUAGACCCAAGUGGGAUUCGAUCACCCCCAUCAGCUUAGCUAAGGACACUCAAGAGAUUUCCAAGUGGUUAGCAAGAAGGGAGAACACUGGCAGUCAUGUUGAAGAGGUUAUUCACUGAAAUAAUCUGUAUGGCACCAGCGCCACUUGCCCUGAUUUUGUGAAGUGGUAUUGAAGCUUGCAAGUGUUCGGGAAAGACAUAGCUGGUUAGAUUCAACAUUGCUUAUGCAUUGUUGUGCCUACCCAAAAUAAUAUCCAUUGUACGCUCUUGUAUCUUUCAGAUUGUGACAAAAGUGCACCUAAUUUCGUGCACUUUGCUAAGCUGCCCACUGCUAGUGUUUCAUCCUAAGGUGCCAUUAUCAUUACGAGUGAUGGAGGGCCCCUUUGCUGGGUAGUCAUUGCAGUUUUGUCAAAGUGAUUAAAACAUUAUUUGCGUGCAGUGCUAUUUCGUAUGGCUGCUUGCACAGGAUACAUAAGCAGUGGCAAGUGUGAGUAAGUCUGCACUUGGCUCUUUGUCUCGGUCCUUUGUGGUCAUUGCUCUCUCUGGAGGGCUAGUCUCCAGAGUGAGCUUGAGAGUAUUUUAAACCUGCAUUUUUCUAAAGCCGAGGCCUAAAUCUGUAGCUUGAGAAACCUGCCUUUCGCAGCCUCCAUUGCAAAGGCUGUAGCAUCAAGUCUCGGUUUUGUCUUGUAGUAGUUGCACACAUUGUGCCAUUUAUUACUUAGACUUGCUCGUGGCAUUGCGAAUAAUGUUUUGCUUUCCAAAGUGUUACACCCAUGGGCAUGCAGUUUUUCACUUUGUUGAAAUUCAAGCGAAAUUUCAUUGCAUAUUUGUGCCCGUUGUGGUGAUCAUGCAUUUUUUUAUUGCAAUAGAUGUUGUUUGAAACGUUGCCAAGCUGUCCAACUUCAGCCUUUAUUGGGCAUUUCUAGACGUUUAGUUUCUUGCAAGUACUAUUUCUGAACAUUCUCACUUGCUCACUGACAGCUCUACUUGGUGAAUUUUGCUGUGAUUUCAAAUGCGAACUAUGGGGCAGGUUUUAAAGUGUAAUGACUCGUCAUAUCAUGCAGCACUGCACUCCAUUUCAUACUUAACAAGCAAUUCUGUGGAAGCAAUGCAAGUGGUGCAGUCGUAACAGUCUGCCACUCCGGACAUAUUGUGAUGAAUUGGUUUUGAUCAGCGAGGUCUCCCAGGAACUUCACAUAAAUAUAAUAAAUGGAGUUACUGCAAUUAUGUCUAAUCUAAGUGUGUAUUGGUUUGCUUCCAAUAUGUGACUCAGUAUGUUUUGCUGCAAAUGCAGGCAGCGCACCCAGGAGACUGCACAGUAAGGUGCUGUUUCACAAACGUAUCACUCCAUGCAUUUCAUAGUGGACAGGGCAGAAUGAUGUAAUAACUUAAUUCUGGAUCUUUUCCUUCUGUCGCUUCUUCAGUUUUUUCACUGGAGUGGUUGUUUGUGGUGGAUAACGAGCAAGAAAUAGAAUUGAGCUAAAAAAAAUCUUUACGUUCUAAGUUUAGGUAGAGUGCUGCAUUUUUCAUCUAAAAAUAUAUCCAUAUACUAAAACUGCAAUGUAUCACAGUAACGUUGAAUCAGGUUUUGUAUUGAUUCAUAUGUUCUGCUUGCCAUAUUUACUUAAGCGCUAGCUUUAGUUGCGAGCUGAGGUGGUGUGAAAAGUUGUCCUAGCUUCCACAGUAGUGCAUACAUAGUGUGAAAUGGAGUAUAUGCGAUACUUCAGCACCAACGAAAGAAAAAGUCGAAAAAGAAAAUGGUGUGCAAGUUGUUCUGGCAGUGUGUUUUGACCUGUGUGUUUUCUUGCCUGUGUUCUGGAACUUGUAGCGAGCCUUAAAGUGUUUCCUCAUGAGUUCUGCAAAAUACAGAGACAAUGUUGACAGGAUUCUUACUAAAGUGGGGCAAGCUUAGCAUGGUCGCAUUCCUUAUUUGGCGGCCUUAGAGCAAUGUAGGGUUAUGAGCAACUGUGCUUCGUCAAAUCAGCCAUUUGGUCACAGUGUUGUUACCCGCGAUAUUUGACUGGGGCUUUCUUUCAAACUGCUAAGCAAGCUGGCAGAUGAUCAUUGUUUUGUCCAGUCUUAAAAUAUUGUCUUCUCCAGUGUUUUCCUUAUAAGCCUGCUACAUUCACAGUUCAAACAUUUCAUGCUUGAAGUGGGCAUAUUCGCUUGUACUUUUAGCUGUGCUGAUCUGCAGCACAUUCCUGGCAUCCAUUUUCUAGUUAAUUGCUCCCUAGAAGACUAGUAGCCAUUAGCCUUUGCAAAAGCUAGAUUCUGCCUAGCAUUGAGGGGCUGCUGUUUGCAGCAGCGAGGCUCAUAGUCUGAGAAAACAAAAAAAAACUACCCGAUUUGUCUUCAUAGGCGUGUGAACAUGAUCACUUAUGUGCACAGUGCAUGCAGGCAAGCUUAUACCAUGAUUGAGUGCUUUUAUUAUUAUUUUUUGUAGAGAACACAAUUUUAUGCCGUACUAGCUCGGCGGACAGAAAUGGGUAAUAGGCCUGGGCUUGUAAAAGUAUCCUGAGAAGGCUUUCGUUGCAGUAUCAGCAUCUGAACAAAGCUGCUGCCUUGUGUCUCAAUGAAGGGCAAGUGGUCCAAUAUCUAAUGAUUUUUCAAGUUUCCUCGAUUGCCGUAAUGUUGCGUUGAGAAUUGAAUGACAGUCGUGUAGUAAUGAAUUGUGUCACCCUUCUGAAUGCUGCUAGCUGUUCAGAGCCUGCAGAAUGCCUGUUGCUGCAGUUGGCUGCUGCGAGGGUGGGCUCAUUGGAGCUGCUUGCUGGACAUGUACCGAAUGCUGCACAAGUAAGAGUGCACAGGCGGCUCUGGCUAAGCCGUUGCUUCGUUUGAGGUCAAAAUUGGAGCAGAGAGGUGCCAUUUCAGAGUGAAUGCAAUUUCAACACCAUAAUUUGAUGCACUACAUGUCUGCUUCAUCCAGAAUAAUUUGAAAGUGUGCACCAUUUACAGUAGCUGCAGACAAAAAUAAAAAAAUAGCCUUUGCAGGAAUCUUGCUCUAUAACAGCAAAACAUGGCAUGCCUGUAUUUCACCCUAACAACACAGGACACAACCACUCUAUUGCAGUGAAAUCAAUGUUUUGAAUAUUGUCACUGCAGAGGAGAUUGCCAAUUUAUUAUCGAAAGAAGGGCAAUUAAUCCACGAAACCUGGCAAUAAACUGUUAAAAGAAGGCAAUUAAUCCACCAAACCUGGCAUUGAACUGUAUACACCACCUGUGUGCGAAAUUUGAUCACAACAGAGGCAGCAGUUUAGGCAAGAGCAGUUGUGUACACCUGGUCAAUCUCAUUUAUACAGCACUCGGUACAUACAAUCUAUAUGCGAAAGCCCAUUUCAGGGUACAUUUAAUGGACAGGUCAUGAAAGUUCCCAGGUUUGGGCCAAGGAAGGUUGGUUGGUGGUUGGCAGCUGUUUUGAACUCCGAUGCCCUGGCCAUUGUCGAAUAUUCCUCCGCUUAACCAAAGUUUUCAAGUGUUGAGAGACUGCCGCUCUACCUGUAAGAGGACUGUACAUAUGUUCUUUUUUUUUUCUCGUCCGGCUGCAACACUUGGUGGUUGUGGUUGCCAUGUGUGUUUUUCUCUGUGGUGGAAUUAUUUAUUAAUUGUCCUUUCUUGGUUACUUUUAUGAUUCACUUUUCUUUUUUCCCUUCUCUAAGAUGGUGUAUUUGAAUGUAGCACAUUACGUUUAGGUAUACCUUGCAGAUACGCGUAUAUUUUUGUUUUUUUCAGUGGUUUUUAAUGUGUUUAAUGCUGCCUCCUGCUGCACCCAGAUGUUUUCUUAAUGAACAAUGUUGCACAGUACUGCAUAACUGGUUAGCUCGCUUGUACCUGGUUUACUAUUGGAGCAUUUAAGAGGCAUGGAAAUUGAUGUCCAAUGUGCCUGUUGAUUUGGCAUUGCCAAUGAAAUUAACCAUGACAUUAACCAUUGUUAUGGUAACUCAGCUGUCGUGCCGGAAGACUCAAGACCCUUGGCUAUUUGAAGCCACUGGUGAAAAUGCACAACUACUCUCUCAUUGUAAGCAAAGAAACGUUUCCUUAGAUUCUGCACAGUGAAGUCGUAAAGCUUUAGCCGAGCAGGGUCCUGCUGGAUGUGGGGUUUUCAUACCCUCGUGUCUUAUCGUAAUUUAGAUAUCACAGCAUGCAGCACUUGCUACAUUGUUCAUUGUGAGCUUCAAGGUGCACUAGAUUGAACAGCAUUGGGUGUGUAACUGUUUCCUUUGGCUGUGCCGAGUUGUUGUACCAGUUUUAGCGCGUUCUAGCGUUCAAGUUGUUUCGCAUCGCUGAAAAGUUAAGCUGCACUGUUCUUUUUGGUGUUAUGAAUUUUUACAUAGCACAUAGAUUGUCUCCCUCGCUCCCCUUUUUUAAACUCUGAUAUGUGAAAUUUCUUUUGCUUCUCUCCCUUUCUUUUUUCUGUCCAUAGCUCCAUGUACAGCACUCAACCCUCUAAGAGAAUGUUUUCUUCCUUGUGCUUUCUGUCAUCCAAACCAAAAUUUCAUGCAACUAGUUUGCUGGGUACCAUGCUUUCCUGCAAGUCUCUGUUGCUUAGGUUGCAACUCUUGGUACUUUUUCUCUAUGAUACCAGUUGCCUUCUAAACGGCAAGUAUAGUUGAUUUUUAAAAUCCAUUAUAAUUGCAACAUAGUGUUCCAGUUUAGGAUGAAAAAACACAAACAAUAAAGAGUCGUCAAAUGA